AAGCAUUGUUCAAAAUGCCACAGGCUGUUGACAGUCUGUAACAAGGAUAAGUGCAAAGGGAAACAAACAGCAACACGACGAUCUCUUGUGUUUCAAGCUCAAGCAUCAUCAAAGAUAAAGCCACCCAUAGUUACACCUGAUGCUACACCCACUGCCAGACUCACAGCUAUUCCUACACCCUCAACCACACCUGCUGCUAUAACAACAGCUACACCAUUGAAAGAAUUCCCAUCAUUCAGGAAUGGAUCAGGUGGUAUUUUUAAUUCCUGUCACCAGGACGCACUGUUGGUGAUUUUAAAUGAAAUUUUUAUACGAAAUCCACCGUUCCUACAUGUAAUUACAUCUAUAAGUGAAUCACGCUGUAUGAAGACACUCAAGGAAAUGCAUCAAAGGUUCAAGGAAGGAAAAUUUCAUGAAAGUAAAAUGCAACUUUGGACUUGGUUGCAGAAUAGCACUCCAAAAUGGUAGGAUGUACUAUGGUCUUGGAAAGCAAUGUUCCAUAGAGGCUAUCUUACCUGCCAUAAGACAAAAACUAUCUGACAGUGAAAGCACAUUCCUUAGAUUUUCCACUAAAACAAGCAAACAAUGUUUAAGCCAUGCUGACCAUGCCCACCCUGCAAAAGAAAUGUUAAAGGCAACUUACAGAAUAGUGGAAGAAAAUUUCAUACCUGAGGACAGAGUUGACAAUAAAGACACUAAGAGCCCUGUAAUCAUUACAAAGCAUUUCCAACAUCUCGUAGCUGACACUGGCACAACUUGGCUAUGA